ACUUAGCGAUCAGUCGUCUCUCGAACGUCGGAGCGAUAAUAUAUUGUCCGAAGUUUUUCCGCACGCGGAUCUCGCGUUUUUUUCUCUCUCUCCCUUUUUUCACUUCGCACACCCUUCCUUAUUUUAAUAUUUUUUUGUUUUUGUUAAUCUUUAUUAUAUCUAAUAGAUCUAUAUUUUUCUCCUCGUCAAUUUUUUUUUAUUAUUUCUUCCUUUUACAAUAUUCCGCUUGGACUUUAUCGAACAUAUUUUUCUCUUUCUUUCUUUCACUUUUUUCUCUCUCUCUCUCUCUUCUUCUUUUUACCCCUCAUCUUUAAGCUGGACAUCAAAAGGGGUACACAUUGAGAGUUACAAAAAGCGUGUAAAAAAGUUCGAUGACGUUGUCACGCCAUUUGGUCGGUCUUUGAACAUCGAUUGUCCCUUAGAUCGGAAAAAAGUGCAUACGGUAGAUAGAAGAGUGCAAGGAAAAGUGCAUCGAGGGAAAGAUUGAGUACUAGAGCUAAUUACGAGGCUUUAACUAAAAAUGAAGAAAAAGAACGUUAGGCGAAGGAAGAGAAGGAGGUACGAAGGGUUGGGAGUGGUGGCUUAUCGACGAAGCAUUAAAUUCUGCAGAAUCGAUGAUGCUCUCGGGGGCGCGUCGACAUCUUGGAUCAACGUUAAAUUCUUCCUAACGUGAGCUCGCGGCUACGAUCGAUGAUCCUUAGGCCGAUUAUUGAUAUAUUGGUGACGCAACAUGUUAUCGGAAUCUGCAGUUCAAAAAUUACAUUUCAAGAAGAGGCUGAAAAUCACCGAUUUACCUGAUAUAUCGAAGAUUAAUGCGCGCUCUCGGAUGAUAAAAUGAGCAAGAGCGUGGAAUUGCUUGCUGAAUCGGAGGACAGUGAACAAAUACCAGUCGAGGAACUACUCCCUGCGAUCGUGGCUAAAAAAAUGAAAAGAAAAAGAAAAGUAAAAGAUACGAAAAGGGGAAAACUAAAGAGAAAAAUAUGCUUGUGGAUCGCAUGUUCAGAUAACACUACAGAAGAAAGAUCCAGACUGAAUUUGAACGGGAGCAGACAGCUCUCGAAAAGCGCCACGGAGCUCCGGGACAACGAUAUCGAGAAACUCUCGCCGUCUAGGCGUGGCGAGGUUGUUGGUGAGUCCGGGGUGAUACAUCACCACCGGCAUCAUCGGCACGCAACGUCGGUGGCACAACGCACGCAUACCUUCUUUGCAACAUUGAAGAGCCGUUGGGCUCGUAGCCGUAGCAAAGAAAGAAAAAAAUCCAAGGAUGGUGGUGGUGGUGGUGGUGGUGGUCUUGGAGUCCCAUCGACCCAAGAGGCAACAACAACAACAACCUACAAAACUCCUGGAAUCGAAUCUGAUUAUGCGGCUGAUUAUUCUUCUGAACAUAGCAGAAGUUCAUCUGCCACGCAAAGUCCAGCAAGACAUUGUCUCAAACACCCAGAAUCACCAUUGACACGAUCAGGAAGAGACAAAAUUUUAACCAUGCAAGAGGAUAGUCCUGGCAAAUGCAGCGAUGCAUCUUCGAAGGGAUCCUUGAAUCGUCAGAGUUUCAAGGACGUUCAUAUCAGCGAGGAUGCACGUGGUUCGAAUCAGGACGGUGCUUACGUUCAAGACGAAAUUAUAAGGAGGAGGGAAUUAGCGUUAAGACAACACGCUUUCUUUCAAUUACGUCUUCACAUCAGGAGAGGUGCCAAUCUGGUAGCCAUGGACAGAUGUGGUGCUAGCGAUCCGUAUGUGAAGAUCAAGUCUUCUGGAAGGUUGUUGCAUAAAUCACGAACGGUUCAUCGGGAUUUAAAUCCAGUUUGGGAUGAAAGUGUCACUCUGCCAAUAGAAGAUCCUUUUCAACCGUUAACUAUCAAGGUCUUCGAUUACGACUGGGGCCUCCAGGAUGACUUUAUGGGAGCUGCUCAAUUAGACUUGACGCAGUUUGAUCUAGGUAAUCCGCAAGAUGUAACCCUGGAAUUAAAAGAUCCAGCCAGGCCGAAACAACAUUUGGGUGAAGUCUACCUCACUGGUACACUUUGGCCGAGAAAUCAACAGGAGAAGGAACAGUACUUCCAAAGGACUAAUCGGUUGGCAGACGUGAAUAGAAAAUUAAAGUCGCAAAUAUGGAGUUCGGUAGUAACGAUUGUUCUAGUGGAAGCAAAAAACUUGUUACCGAUGGAUAUCGAUGGUUUGUCCGAUCCCUACGUUAAAUUUCGCCUUGGUACGGAAAAAUACAAAUCAAAAGUUGUAAACAAGACUUUAAAUCCGGUAUGGCUGGAACAAUUCGAUCUUCAUCUUUACGAGGACCCUUAUUUAGGACAGGAAUUGGAAGUAACAGUUUGGGAUCGUGACAGAAGUCAUCAGGAUGAUCUUAUGGGUCGGACCGUUAUUAAUUUGGCAACGUUGGAACGAGAAACUACUCAUCGAUUAUGGCGAGAUCUCGAAGAUGGUUCCGGAAAUAUUUUUCUUCUUUUAACUAUCAGCGGAACUACAGCGAGCGAGACCAUAAGUGAUUUAGCUGCCCACGAAGAAACGCCUAGAGAGAGGUCGAAUUUAAUUCAAAGAUAUUCUUUAACAAACACGUUGCAAAGGCCUCGCGAUGUUGGUCAUCUGACGGUGAAGAUAUAUCGAGCUCAAGGUCUCGCAGCAGCUGAUCUCGGUGGGAAGAGUGACCCUUUUUGCGUCCUGGAAUUGGUGAAUGCUAGAUUGCAAACACAAACUGAAUAUAAAACAUUGGCUCCUAAUUGGCAAAAGAUUUUCACCUUUAACGUGAAGGACAUUAAUUCGGUGCUAGAAGUAACGGUUUAUGACGAAGAUAGGGAUCACAAAGUUGAAUUUCUUGGUAAAGUCGCUAUUCCAUUAUUGAGAGUUCGUAACGGUGAGAAAAGAUGGUAUGCACUGAAGGAUAAGAAAUUGAGAGGUCGGGCUAAGGGUAAUUCACCUCAAAUUCUUCUUGAAAUGACUGUAAUUUGGAACGUAUUCAGAGCUUGCAUCAGAACUCUCAAUCCUAAGGAGAAAAAGUAUAUGGAACCUGAGAUCAAGUUUAAGAGACAGGUUUUUCUGAGAAACGUACUUAGGCUCAAAGCGAUCAUCCUAUUCUUUAUCGAAAUGGGAAAGUAUAUGCAGAGUUGCUGGGAAUGGGAAAGUAAACCAAGAAGCAUAUUUGCCCUGAUCAUCUUCGUUCUUGGAUGUUAUUAUUUCGAACCCUACAUGAUACCAGCAUUGGCUUUAUUAAUUCUACUCAAAUAUUAUCUGCUUAACAAGGAGGAUAGGAGUGGAUUCAAUCAGUGGAUUUGCGGACAGGUCGCCGCAGUUACUGGUGCAUCAUUUACGCAUCAAACGAGCCCUCAUUUUCAAGAUACUUCGGAAUUGGCAUCAGAUGAUGGACCGGUAACACCAGGUGACGAUGACGAUGACGAGGACGAUAAAGACAAAGAGGAAAAGAAGAGUCUGAAGGAACGAUUACAGGCGAUUCAGGAGGUCACCCAAACUGUACAGAACUCCAUUGGUUACAUCGCCAGUCUUUGCGAGAGAAUAAAGAAUCUUUUCAAUUUUACAGUUCCUUAUCUCAGCUAUUUAGCUAUGACCUUGGCCAUAAUCGGUGCAGCUGUUCUCUAUUAUAUACCAGUCAGAUAUCUUAUACUUGCCUGGGGCGUUAACAAAUUUUCCAGAAAAAUCUUUAGGCCACAUACUGUGCCUAAUAACGAGAUACUUGAUCUAAUAUCUCGAGUACCUGACGACGAGGAGAUCCUUAACUACAGGGAAUUAAAACCAUUACCUACUGCUGAUUGUGAAAGAGGAGGAGUCCCGGGUUUUAGCGGUGGGAACACUGCGAAGAGGGAACAACGGAAAAGACAUAAAGUGGCGUAACAGAAUGGCCCGCGGCCGGAAGUCGCGGGUCCAAGGUCAUCCAGUAUACUGAAGUCGGUACUCUUACGUAGGAGAUUGAAAAAUCGAAAAGAAACUACCGAUAAUCCGGAUCAAGUCGUCGACAUCGAUUAAUCGUCGAACGAUAUAUGAUCAGCUGGAUGAAGAUCGAGGGGGAAGAAAAAUCGUCGUUUUUACCAUCUUGAUGAUUUCACCAACGACUAAUACGUGUAUCUAUCUAUCUUUUUUCCCGAAGGUCAUCCCAGUGAACUUGCUCGAUCGAUAACUGGGACACAAACGUAGGGAAUGAGAUAAAGAGAUGUAUAGAUAGAUAGAUAGAUAGAUAGAUAGAUAAAUAGUUGGAUAGAUAGUAUCUCAGUGAGAUAAAAUUGACGUGUAAAACGAUCUUACUCUCACAAGAAAUAUAUAUAUCUAUCCUUUAGUAUAUUACAAAUAGAAUACGUUCUUUCAUUGGUCGGAAAUAUAUGAGACGAGUUUUGAAUUAGACAUUAUCGUGCUCAAAGCUAAAUUUUCUGCUUAAUUGUUCGCUAUUAUUGAAUAAAAUAUUCGCUGAUACGUUGACGAUUCAUACUUUAUGAAUUACGAUCCUUGUGAUCUUAUGAAAUCAUCCUCGUCGUUUAGCUUUGUUAUCACUAUUUCUUCCUUUUUUUAGAUUUAUUUAUUUACGAAACAGAAUAUCUACGUAAUUCUUGUUUCUAUUUAUACACACACACAAUAAAUCGUUAUUGUAUAAUAAAGGAGCUUCCAAUUGUAAUGAAAACAAAAGGAGCAUGUUAAUUGACGCGAUGAUUUCUAAUCGAGUACAAAUCCUUCCCAAGAAAUAGUUAAAGUUUUAGUAGGGGAUUUUUUAUCUAUUUUACGUGUCAACUUUUUAUCAUCAUGCGAGUUGCGAAUGAUUUUUACGCGUUCGUUGAGCUUUAUUGUUGCACACUCUUCGAUUUUACGAUUAAAUAGAAAAUCAUUGUAUGUAUUCCUUUUCACACUUGUCGACAUUUUUGAGAUUUCAUCGGUAUUUAUCAAAAAGAAAAAAAGAAAAAGAAAAAAUAGGAAAGAAAAUAAAAGGAUUUGGACAAGCGACCAACAACACGUUAUAUUAUAUAACACAUAUUAUAUAUAAUAUAUUUCUUAUCAAGAAAAACAUCAUUUAAACGAUAAUCUCUCAUUGUUGGGAAUAAUUUGUUAAACAUAAACAAAUAUGAAUAAUAAAAGAAGAAAAAUUAAAAGAAAAUAUAAAAAGAAAAAA